AUGACGAAAAAUGCACCAAAGAAGAUUACACCAAUCCUUGUGACAAGCUGUGGCCCAGGUUUAUUAGGAACGGCGCCAGGUAACGUCAUAGGUAAUUUCUGUGGAGCAGCAGCAAAGAACAUUCUACUAUCGGCCACUAGCACAAACAAAUACUUUAUCAUGACUAACAUUGCUGGAACAGCUAAGGAUAUUGGUGUGGGCCUCGUAGGUUCCAUUGGCGGUAACAAGGUUGCUGACGCCGUGGGCGGUGGCCAGGCCAGCCACAUUGUUGGCGGUGUUGCUGGCGGUAUUGGUGCCGGUAAGCUCAAAAACAAGGGUGAGCAGAAGGUCGAAGAGAAGAAGAAGGAUUAG